AUGAACAGCGCAGGAUCCGACGUGAUUAGUCCUGGUGUUGGACACAUCAAGCAGAACUCUAUUCUAAGAGAAGGAGAAGACGAGCUCCAGAGGGCAGUGCGCCUUGGAGAGGAAGCACCGGAAGUCAAUAAGGACCCCGGCAGACAAACGGAGGGACAGGCCGCCAGGAGGCGGAGGACAAAUAGGAAACCAAGCGGAUUUGAGGAGAGUUCGAGUUCGGAGGAAUCGGAAGCCAAGGAGUGCGAGAGGACUACGACCGCCUGGUGGCAGCACUACAGCGCCGAUUUGAUCCAGCGGAAUGGAUACAUGUGCAUCGUAGUGAGCUACGACACCGACACCGACAAACCGGAGAAACCCCCGAGGAGGGCCAAAGUAUCAGACACCAUACGAAACGGUGUGAUAAACCCUGACAUCUUUGAACCAGGAGAACUAAUGCUAGGAGAAUUGGCUGCGUUGAUUGGUAGCACGGUGUGGCUUUUUGUUGCGACCUGGUUCAGCCUACCUGUGUCAGGUACGCACAGCAUCGUCGGCGCUACGCUUGGCUUCAGCCUCGUUGCGCACGGCUCCAAGGGAGUAGACUGGUGGAUGAUGGGUAGCAUAGUGCUUUCCUGGUUCGUAUCACCUGUUUUAUCUGGUAUCGUGUCAUCUGUGUUGUUCUGGUGUAUACGUCGCUUCAUACUGAACACGGAACAUGUGCUGGAGAGAGGAUUGAUGUCUAUGCCGUUCUUUUACGCAGUCACGAUAGCUGUCAACCUAUUUUCCAUUUUUCACGAUGGAUCUGCAAUGCUUGGAUUCGACAAGAUUCCUCUCUACGGUGCUAUAAUCCUGUCGGUGGGCACAGGCACCAUCGUAGGGGCGCUCUCUUGGUUUAUGCUUGCGCCCUGGUUGCGGCGGAAGGUGACGGGCACGUUAGAUGCUACGCCGCCAUCAGAUAUGAGCGCUGUUGCCAGCAGUGCCGCCCUUGUGCUAAACAUGCAAGGUUUGACACCCAGCACCACACCAGGAGUUACACCAGCGCAGACGCCUAAACACACUCCCGCUCACACGCCCGCGGCGUCCCCGUCUGGUUCUCCCAAGACUCGCCGCAAGAAGAAGCUGGAGACUAUUGAGGAGGCGGAUAGGCUCCAGUUGGAGCAGCACCUACCUGCCGCCCUGGCUAGCAUCACGCCACGCGAGCACAGCGACGCCACCAGCAAGCAGCUGCCGGAGACUGGUACUGGCGAAGUGUCACUCGCACCCGGCGAACAGGGAAAGAGCAAAAAGGUAAUGUUUCAGGACGGUUCUUCUUCGUCUCUUGAAAGCAGCUCGUCAUCGACAAAGCUGUUUAACUCCGAGAAAGAUAAGGAAAAGUUCGUGGCAAACGGUUUCAUAGACUUGAGGAUAGAGAAUGAAGAUAAUUCUAUGAAAGACCAGGCAACCACCAUGUCAGAUGAGAGAAUCGACAGCAGGGAGCGGUCUGACACGCUGCGAUCAGACAGAGGCACGCAGACGCCCAUGGAUGACUUUGAGUCACAAGACAAGUGGUCGGACUCUCCUGCAGUCGUGGAUGUGCCCGAGGCAUUCCAUGUGUUCUCCUACCUGCAGAUUUUGACUGCUGUAUUUGGCGCCUUCGCACACGGAGGAAACGACGUCAGCAACUGCAUCGGACCGGUUGUUGCGGUCUAUCUAAUCCAUGUGGAGCAGACUGUGACGACAACAGGAGAAACGCCUAUAUGGAUCCUUAUGUACGGAGGCGUAGGGAUAUCAUUGGGUCUGUGGAUUUUGGGACGACGUGUUAUUAAAACAAUGGGAGAAGAUUUAACAGCCAUCACGCCCACAAGUGGCUUCAGCGUUGAGAUCGGCUCGGCAAUGACAGUGCUUGUUGCCUCCAACAUGGGCAUCCCCGUCAGCACGACGCACUGCAAGGUCGGCUCCGUCGUGUCGGUCGGCUGGGUGCGCUCCCGCGACGCUGUCGACUGGAGUCUCUUCCGCAACAUCUUCAUGGCAUGGCUCGUCACGGUACCAUGCAGUGGCGCCAUCUCCGCCGGCAUAAUGGCGCUGUUCUUGUUUGCCUUCUAGCCGCCGCACGACAGAUUCACCCCCGCUCGCCCAUGCACCCCCAGCUAUUGCGAUUAGCUUAUACCGUUAGUCUAGACGAUAUACGUUAUACGUUAGUCUAGACAUUUAGUCCGAAAUGUAGCUAGCACCGCAUCGCGCGAUGGCAGCGAUCAGGGAACGCGCGCACAGAAGCGGUUACAUGCGAGGGAGCUCAAAGUAGGGGUGAAGAGAUUGCGUGGGCGUUUGGUUGUUUGGGAUUUAGCUAAGAUGCCGUCGGACGCGCUAGGAGGCAGGCAGCUUAACCAUACAGCUACGGCCUACUGAUAUUUCUAUAGAAAAUGGAGCGAGCGUGUGUUAUAUAAUAAUUGUCCAUCGCAAUCAGUAGGCCAAUCCUAUUGAGGCUUGCUUGCAAGAACGCACGCACACGCAUACGUAUAUUAUAUAUAUAAUAGAUAUAUAUAUAUAUAUAUCACCCUUUAAAGUAUAAAAUGCAGUUUUUCGAGACGAAUAGCGUUGGCAGUAAUACUCGAGAAAUUUCUUGCUGACAUUGUGCAAUGACGCAUCUUUAAAUAUUUAUUAUAGAAAUAGCCGGUGGCUUUUUAUUGUAGACAACAUUCUAUCCCUAACUACGAGAUUUUAAUAAUGCGGACAAAGGAAGCCGCGCUAUCUGUGUAUCUAAUUUGUUCCCUUAGAGGCAAUUAAAACAUGAGUUGUAUUGAAACUGAUCCCACGCACUUUAACCAAACGAGGUUCUAGUUGGUUGAGUAAGGUAGCCUAAAUCCACCAUGGCAUUGACUAACCAGACUUAUGAUAAAAGCUGGCAAUUUAAUUGUACGCGAUAUGCAUUUUACGGAAAACCGACCGUUUUAUUUGAUAUUAGGAACGCUAACGAAACAAAAAUUUAAUAUCAGGCAGCGCAUGUAAGAUGUGGAGAUGUUAAACGUUAUGCUGUUACGCAGUCAGUUCCUCGGUAUCGCUAAUAACUUCAGAGCAGAAUACGAACAUAGCAAUAUUUCUAAUUGAAAAUAAUUUUAUUUUAUUUGUAAAGAAUACACCAACAUCCACAACAUUAUAAAUGUGUGGCGGCGUGAAGGUAAAAAUAUAUUACUGAUUUAAUGAUCAAAAAAAGAAGUAAAAGCUUUACUAAUACCUAAUGUGAUGCGUUCUGCUACAUCCGCUCACACAGCAUCAUUUGCUGUGCACACUGUUAUCAGAGUAAUUCAAAAUCGUACGUAUCAAGCGAAAAUUGUGCGCCCAUCAAAGAUUAGCAGUUACACAAGCCACUAAUCUGCCGCUAUAGACGUCGCUGCGAUAUAAAGCUAUUACAUAGCGUAUCAAUUCAGCAGGAAUGAGCAACCACAAUGCACCUGCUCGUCUCUCUUGAAUGCAGUCAGGAAAAUCCUAACUAAAAUUAAAUCAGCUUCGUACCCGUACGGUUAUACCAAACUAGUUCAGAGAUUAAAAAAACAUUUCCUAGGUUUCGCGCACGCAUCCAGUGAGUGCUAUGCCAGCGGUAUUCAUGCUUCAUUAAUUGCACGCUGCGCUCGGCGAAAGCGUUAUAUUGUGUACAUUUAUAACUUUCGUUAAUAGAACUGCCUAUCGAGGCAGAAAACGUAAGGUGCACGUGAGAUAUUUUUCGCAGUUUUACGCGCCAGAACCUGAACAGAUUCUCCUUAACGUUCACCUGUCAUAAACAGCUUUAAAAGAUGGCCUUAUAUACGUGUAAAUACAUGUGGCCCAACAAUCACUAUUCGGUUAAUUUCGUGAUGCGACGAAAGGACUUUUUAGCUCAUCUGACGUAGUCAG